GCGGCCUUCUUGCCCCGCCCCCCGGCGCAGCGUGUCGCUCUGUGAUGACGCCAUCAGCCCGCGCCUGGUUGCCGGGGCAGCAGCGAUGGGGCAGGAGCCGGAGCGGCUGCGCGGGGCGGUGGCGGCGCUGCAGGCUCACGUCCGAGGUUACCUGGUGAGGAAGAGGUUUCGAAGCUUGCGGGAGGAAUAUGAGAGCGCUGUCAUGGAGAUCGAAGGGGGUUUGGAUCGGUUGCGGUGGAAAGGCGGCCUCCUACCCAGGCCCGUGUUUCUUCAGGAGAAGCAGGUGAAAGCAAAGCGAUUGAUUGGCCAAGAGGCUGUAUCCAAAGACCAGAGUGCCAGCGAUAAAGAGCAGCAGAAGCUUUAUCCUUUGGAGACUUUGGAACCAGAGAAGGACUGUGACUCUCAGGGCAUCGCAAACCCUGCAGGCCAGCUGCAUGGUGAGGAGGUGCCCUUGGGGAGCGAUGCUGGUGGAGUGAGGCUGAAUCCACAGCCUGAGGCAGAGACACCCACCGGAUUGGACUGCUGCCUGCCAGGGGAGAGCAGCGAAUGGAAGAACUGUAGCAACGUGUCUUCUGUAUGGAGCAGCACCAUUCUGGAGACUGGGUCCGCUGGAGCCAGCCAGGAGCUUUCAUUCGGAAGCAUGGAGAAAGAGCUGCCUGAGACGCUACCUGAGCUCCAGUGCUACCGAAAGCAUUUGGCCAUGGAGAUGCUGUGGCUGCAGCAAGCUAUUGCAAGCCGUAAGAAUUACUUGAUUCUGAAACAAAGGCUGGGGGCUCCCGAGAGAUAAGCGGUCAUCCCAGUGGGCUGCACACCAUGGUUGUGUCCCAUUGGGGGAAGGAUGUUCUCUGGGGCCAGCUGGACCGUGUCCUGUUUGCGGGAGCAGAGUAACUUUUGGCUAAUCUGCAGGAAGUCCAACCACCCGGGAGAGCACUUGCUUCAGUGCAACGGGGCUGCCUGGCACGGUGAUCUUGGGAUUGGCUUUGGUUAUGAGGAACGUGACAACGAAGACUCUUCUUUUAAACCGGUGCCUUUGCUGUGAGAGCUGAACUCUGCAGGAGCUAGUGCUCAGCCUGGAGGAAGCCUGUUUCUGCUGGCACAACCUGAGCCUCUGGGGUGAAUCCAAGGCAGGGAUGCUGUGAUGGGGUUUUAAAGGUCCCGCUCUCUAAAUGCUUGGCCACUGGUUUGAGGUCACGCUGAGCUACAGGGAGGCAGUGGGGUACUUUGGCUCUAAGCCCCUGUUGUGUUAGCUGGCUGAGCUGCACACUUUGGGAAGGUUCAGGCUCCCAUUGAUCAGGGCUCUGUUCCCAAGAUCCAAAGACCCCAGAGCUUUGUGGUGGUCUCCGUGGCUCAACUCAGCAUCUGUCCCUCAGGCUGAACUUCCACUGGCUGAGCAAGGCCUGGAGGGUUGGCACUGUGUGUGCAGACCACACUGUCUGUGUGGAUGCUUUCCCCGGUAGGCUUGGCUGCCUCUGCUAUGAUCCACUGGAUCCCUCGUGUGGCAGAAAGGGGAUUUUUCUCUGUGCUGCUCCACUUCAUACUGCAGGCCCUUAGCAUUUGGUUCUCUGCAUCUUCCUUCCAUGUGCAGUCAUGCAACCAGAUGCAUGUUUCAUGUAUGACCUCAUCCUCUGCCAGUCCCUGGAUAUGUUCACUUAUUUCCCAAGUCUGUUCCUGAAUAAAGUGCUCUUUUUCCAGUG